CAAGAAAUCGACACGUCCACAGUAACUUUAAAACCAUGGCAAGCAGCCCUUGGAGGAUCUACCUCCCUUUAAUUCUUCUCCUUUCUCUUCAUUUGGCGUUCUCUGAAGUUCCCCUUGUAUCAUCUUCAUCCUCAACUUCCCUCGAUCCCUCCCUUUAUCACGAGACACCUCUGCCGUCUGUUCCGCAACCUUCGCUUGUAUCACACCCUGAUGCCCUACCAGAAUCCGAAAUCACUCCACUGGCAGCAGAUCCUUCCGAAUCUAUUUCAGUCCCGCUCGGCUUUCUCGUUUCUACAAAGGGAGGGCAUGGUCUUUUAAACGCCACUUUAACGACAUCUGCAAAUUCUACUCAUAUGGCUCUUGUCCCAUCUAACAACCCUGUCUCAAGUUCAGAGACCCUUCCAGUAGCCAGUGUCACGCAAAAAGGAGAUGACUUCACAGAUUAUACUGUAACGGGAUCCAGCCUCCCUGACGUAAGUGCAUCUAUGGGAAAUGACACAUUCAACACCUCUUUCAUAUUUCCUCUUCUUUCGACUCCUCCCAAUGUUAUCUCAAGAUCAUCCGAAAUAAUUCUACCAGUCCUGACGAGCAAAGCGUCCACGGCCUCAGCGACUACCUCUACCUUCUCACAGUUACGACCUCUGGCUCACACCUCUAUGCCCUCAUUAUCAGUAAAAACAGAAUAUUCUUCCCCAAUUAGCUAUCGGCAGGACGCUGUUACGAGUGUAACUCAUCCUCCGUACGUUAUUGGGAAUUCUUCUCAGUCUUCUCAAAAAAACUUAUCUACAAAUGAGUCUCUCUUUCAUGUUCAGUUAUCAAAUAUUCCCGCCGAUAAUUCCGCAAACCAGACGCACUCUUCUACACAGCGUGACAUCCAAAGGCCUGUGACUCCCCUGCCAUAUUCGCUGCGUUCACCCGUCAUUAAACAGCUCGAUCCUUCGCUACCUUUCAAUAACCAACUCGAUCCUUCUCCAACUGCUUUUAAGCAGCUCGAUGCUUCUCAAUCCGUCUCUAAGAAGUUCGAUCCUUCUCUACCAUUCAUCAACGAGCUCGAUCCUUCUCCACCCGUAUUUAAGCAACUCGAUCCUUCUCGGCGGCUGGUCUUAUUACCUGCAACACCUUCACCUGUUGCUUCGUCUCGAUUACCUCCGGUUUUCUACUCUCCUCCUCCUCUUCCUCCACUCCCACCCACCCCGUCGCCUCUGACAUCACGGCCCGCCCCCUUUACCAUAGCCAAAGCCACGCUGCCACGGUCUUUCUCCCCUACAACCUCUGAGAGACCUUCAACGGCACCCGAUCCAACGACCACCCCAACGCCAAACCCUCUGGAUAUGCCACCGCACGUUCUUUCUCUGUUCCUUUUCCUUCUUUCCCCAACGCCUCCCCCUCUCCCUUCAACGUCCAACUCUUCCACGGCGCUGCCUCCUGUCUCCGCACUCCAUCGCAUCCUCUCUCCAGCCAACGCGUUUUCCCAGGGCUGCGUGCCUCCUGAGGGCGUCUUGAGAGGACGCUACUCCUUGAGCCUGACGCCCCAAGCAGGCCUGCAAUACGGUGUGUUCUUGGCGUCCGUGCCAGCUCUAGACCAGUUCACCGUGUGUAUGAGGUUCCAGGUGUUGACUCUGGCCCGAUCACACUUCCUCUUUUCUUACGCUGUGCAGGGCCAGGACAACGCCAUUCUGGUGUUUGUCAGCCCGGGAAGCAAACCCGGUCUCGGCUUCUACGUAAACAAUGUCCGGAUGAAGGCGAACGCAGACAUACGUGUGCGCACGUGGUAUAGCAUGUGCGCCUCGUGGCUCUCCGACCAAGGGGAAUACGCCAUAUACCUUAAUGGGGUGAAGAUAAAAAAAGGAAUUAAAAAGUGUCCCGGCUGUGAGGUCGAGAGCGGAGGGAUAGCGGUGUUGGGUCUUGAGCAGGACCGUCCUGGGGGAGGCUUCAACCCAGGACAGGUAACCCACGGACACGUAACCAGCUUACACGUGUGGAACAAAGCCCUUCAUGACACCUUCCUUCAUCCCUAUCUUUGCUGCUCUUCUGGCACAGCGGAAGUCGAAACGUCUCAGGUCGCCUGCGAGGUCGCCAAUUCAACGCUGACCUCCCACAGCAAGCGUGUUAUCGAGUGGGGUGUGACUCCCAUGGCAGUUAUGGGCGGCGCUUUAUUUGUUCCUUAUGAUUAA